AUGAGAAUGUGUCCCAGAAAUAGUGGCAAUCUGUUUUGUGUUGUACCAGUGAACAGAGGGUUCCAUUCAACAGGUGUGAAGAGAAUGGGGGGAGGACAUGGCCAUGCCCAUGACGAGCCAUUCUACCUUCAUGCAAAACACAUGUACAACCUGGAUAGGAUGAAAUAUCAGAAGCUGACUAUGACUCUUGGUGUCUUCACUGCCUUCAGCAUUGGUGUUGGAGUCCCAGUCUAUGCUGUCAUCUUCCAGCAAAGGAAGACAGCUUCUGGAUAA